AUGGCGCGCUCGUCGCAGAAAUAUACUCCCGUUGGUCAAAAUGACAGCGAGGAUUCUAAUGUGGGUAGUAGUGCGGAGAAUGGUGCAGUAAGCGAUCCAGUUUUACCUCCAAAUCCGCCUGCAUAUCAAGAUGACAGAGCCGAUGACUUCGAGAGGAGCAUGGAGCACUUCGAGUUCGAAGAUGCUGCUCAAACAGAGGAAACGAGCAAGGUUGAGCGGCUGAAGCGAAAAUUCCGGCACUAUGUUGUACUUCCGGUCCGGGAACGCAUCACGGACCCGUUGGCUGUGUUAGUGGCUAUUGUUUCACUAAAGUUCGACUACUACUUGAGUAAGAUAGGAAACCCAUUGAUUCUCAAGCGUUUCGUUUACGUACUGUUCGUGUCGGGUUUUAUCUACUACGUGUCGACCAGUGGGCUUUUACCCAACGGCAAAACCGCUGGCUCCCGAGGAAUGUUUUCGGACCAGGCUCAGCUUAUGGCAUACGCAAAGCAAGCACUUGACAUGUCAAAAAUGGAGAGCGACUUGGAAUUCAUCAGUAGCAUGUCUCACAUGGCCGGCACUAAAGGUGAUCUAGCCGUGGCCCAGUACAUCAAAGAGGCGUUUGCCAAUAACGGGCUGCGGCUCGUAGGAGACGCUGCUUUCGAGACCUAUUUGAACUACCCGGGGAACGCAACUUUGGUAGUGCGCUCAUCGAUCGGGGAAAAUUUGAAUUUGGACCUAACGGACCAAAAUUUCAACCCGUUAAGUGUCGAAGGCGAGGUUCUCGACGCCCAGCUCGUGUAUGGUCAUCUAGGAACCGACCAGGACUUUAAGCUUUUAUCGCAAAACGGUUUGCCAGGUGAAAACACUAUUCUUCUAAUGCGCUACGAUCUUUAUCCCGGAGAACAGGUCUUGCGAGCUCAGGAGCGUGGUUAUAAAGGUAUCAUUUUCGUGUCUGACGGGUAUGGAGACGAGCAAAUAGACAGUGUUCAGCAAGCAUCUGUUCACAAUUUCCGCAUCAGUAUGGGUGACCCCCUUUCCCCUGGCUGGAGUUCUGCUACCAGCAAGCGGCUGACUUUAGCCGAGUCUAGCAUAGUGCCUAAGAUUCCAACGGUGCCCGUCUCGAGAAGGCAAGGUGAAAGUCUUCAAAGGUUACUUGCCCAUAGUCAAGGCGCACAAUUUGAGGAUGGUUGGUACAGUGGUAGCGCAGGUGGCGUAACAGUCGAUUUUUCAUUAAAGCCCGUUGGGAGAAAAGAGCAUGUAACUUGGAGCAUUGUGGGCAAGAUUGAGGGCAGGGAGCAAGAUGACAAAGCUAUAAUCUUGAGCGCUGCUAGGGACUCUGCGUGCACAGGGUGCACUUACCCCAACUACGGCACUGCAACUCUUCUGUCCUUAGUUCAGCUCUUCCAACAGGCAAAGUAUAAAUUUGGUUGGAAGCCUCUAAGGAACAUUUAUUUCAUUUCGUAUGAUGCCUCAGAGUUCGGGCAUGCGGGCGCUACCGAACUUCUGGAGUCCGAGUCACUGAAGAUAAGAGAAGAGAUCUAUGCAUUGCUGGACAUAAGUCAACUCGGUAUUGACCCAGAUGGUCAAAAGCUGAAUAUUCAGUCACAUCCUUUGCUUUUCGAGUUUUUCAAAGACGAAACGUCAAGAACGGGCUUUGAGACCAAUAUUACACACGUCAACCAAUAUGGCGACUGGAGCGCCUACCUGACAAAUGGUAUUCCUGUAGCAAUUCUUUCGGCACCACACAUUUUGGAAAGAAAAUAUCCAAUCUAUACGUGCAAUGACACAUUUGAAAGAUUCUCCAAGCAUAUUAGCAGUGACUUCUGGGAACGAUCUUCAGAGCUCACGCUAUAUGUGCUUCAGACAUGCCUCAGGCUGAUAGACUUGCCAAUGAUUCCAUUUGAUAUUGAAACUUAUGUGAUAUCAUUGGAGCUUCUGCUCCAAGACUUGGAGCGUAGUUCGGUUGCGUUGGAGUUGAAUUUUCAUGAUCUGGUAGAGGCUCUUUCAAGGUGGAAGCGGAUCGGAGAGCGGGUGAAUUCUUGGAUUCGCUCAUGGCAAAAAAUCGUAUUAAUCCAAAAUGAAGGUCUAGAGCCCUCUUUGCUAUCGGUGAAUCGAUGGGCCUGGAACCGACGGCUUUCAAACCUCGAGAAGCGACAUUGUGUUGCUCAGGGUCUUCCAAAUCGGAGUUUCUACAAAAACGUACUUUUCGGGCCUACGCUGAAAAAUCAGGCACCUCACGAUUCUUGGAGUUUUCCAGGGAUCAGAGACGCCAUCACCGAUGGCGACAAACAACGUGCACAGGAUCAAAUAAGCCUUGCUGCUGGUCUACUGCAUAAUUCUGCAGCAUUGCUCUUGGACAAUUCCGAGGAAAACCGAUUACAAUGA